GGGCACUUCCUCAUCAUGUAAGAAACAAAAACUAAAAGCAGAAUCAAGAGGUUGGAGACCUAAUCAUUUCGUCAACUCAAUUUGCUGAAUUGAACAGCAUAGGAUUGAGCUGUAGACACCGUACACCACUGAGCAAGUAAUUCAACAAGUAAAGGGCUACAACAAUGGAAAGUCCCCACAACGAACCCUUGCUCUCAAAUGACUCCACAUCAUCUCCUUCAGGCAAUGGUAAUUACACAUCUGAUAUCCACACAUUCAUCAAGAUCAUGAAACUACAAAAUUUAAUCUCAAGGGGUGUUUAUGUCUACAGCGUGUUUGGACUUGUUGGACUCCUAAUGGGGAUCUUCAUCCUAAUUACUUAUAUUAGAAACUUCAGCAAGAAAAGUAAAUUUGAAAAGCUUGACAUCUUUAUAUUCACAGUGACUGUGGCUGAUUUCAUGCUCAUUCUCUUCUCCCUCACUGACAUAGUCAGGCCAAACCCCGUAAUGAUGUCUGCUCUAUGUUGUGCAAUCCUCUCAUUUUCCUUCAACCUCCCGUAUUUCUACACAGAAUACAUUCAUGUUGUAAUUUCCUUCUUCCUGGUAUCUAACCACAUUGCAGUGGCAAGGAGAGCCCUGAGUAAACCUCCCUUUACCAUCCUCGCUGUAAUGGGCUUGAGCAUCCUCUGGUCAGCUCUGAUCACAGCACUCAUUGGGGUCAGUGAUGACCUGAACAAAGAACUGAACUGCUACUUAGACCCUUUUGAUGCUCCAGCAAAGUACAGCAUUGUCAAGUUUGUCUUUGGAUUUCUCAUACCAACACUCAUCAUUCUGGGUUCCAUCCUGCAUUUCCUGAUUCAUUCCACGUGCAUGCAGAGUUCAAACAACUUGCAAGCCUGCAGGGAGUCUUUCUAUCCACACCGAAUUUUCCUGGCACUGGUCACAGUGACUUUUAUUUGCCGCCUUGUUUACAAUGUUCUGCUUCUCCUCCGACGAGAGGCAGUCGACGACUACAGCCAUCGUGAAAAGGAGCUGAUAGUGAUAAUUGGAGAGUUGACCAUGUUUGUUGGGAGCUGCCUAUGCCUUGUGUCCAUUGUUGCUUUAGAUGAGAAAAUGAAACAUGCUGUCAGGGAAACCUCAAGUUGCUUUACCAAGCCCUGCUGAGCAUACAACUCCAGUAGAAACUAAAAUAACAUGAUACCCACUAUUGAGAUCAAUUAGCAUCAUGAAGACGCAACUUCUCUAUAUUGAAGUCAACAUCCUGUGUGCACAUUAUCUGCUGUGUUUCCUACAUUACAAGAGUAACUGCCCUUCAGAAGUAGCUCAAUAGCUUUAAAGUGCUUCAGGACAUCCUGAAAAAAGGGGCAAGAAAAGUAUUAUAUCAAUGUAAGUCUUUCUUUUGCCUCUAUACCGAGACAGCAGAACAUUCUGUAACAAUCAACUCAACCAAACCAGUGGCAAAUUAUGAUUGAAAAAUCAAAGAAACAGUGGCCAAUGUUAAUGUUUUAUUCUGACCCAAUUAAAAAAAUCUCAGAUGUACUUUGUGGUGAAGCAAGGUUUCAUCCGUUUCCCACUUGCAUGGGGAGGCGGAAGUGGUGAAGAGCGCAGGGCAUUCCCAGGUCCUUUUGGGGAACAGCACUCAGUGAUCAACUCCAACUCACCAAUACUAUUCUGGAAUAAAUCACAGUGAGGUGCACGUUAGCAUCCUUAGGAUGAUCUUCCUUUACCCCGUGGGAAAUGUUAACAGCAGGAGGGAGAUGGGGAUGAAAAAUGUUACUGUGGAUGAUCAGUAGAAAGACAAGUCCCAAACACUGACUGCUAAAAUUGUGGGGAUGGGAGACACAGGGCAACACACUGCACAGAUGCCUCCUAAUGAAUCACAAAACAAUGGCAAAGACCAGUCUCUUCUUUGGAAGCAAGAAAGAACAGCUUUUAUAAGCUGAUUUUCCACUUCAAAACAGAUGCAGUCACUAUUUUAACAUCUUGAACAGAUCAAGUUGCAAUAUGUAGGUUAAAAGUCACAAGUUUACAGAUUCCACAUUGUAUCAACUCCUAAAACUGCAGGAUUGAAUUCUUCUUUUCACACCCUAUUCACGAAGGAGCCAUGGUCGAUGCAAGAUUAGUGCCUCCAGUGUGAGUGGAGUGAAACCACACUCAAUUCUAGCCUUCAAUAAAGCUACAAAACAAGUCCUGCGAAUGGUAAUUUAAUUGUUGGCACUGGAUUAAGAGCUAAAAGUAAUAAGUUGUUAAACAACAUUGCGAGCAGAAAGCAACGCUGCUGCACAUAUUAUUUUUCAUUCUGUGUUCAAGUAAAGCACUGCUGUGAUCUCAAACAAAUAAAAGGAUGGGCUCUGAUGAGAGCUGCUGAUUAAAACUCAUCUCACAACCACAUCUGCUUGUGGAAGAAAAGGAGUCUGCACUUCAGAAGCCCACAAGGAUCUUUCAGCUGGGAAAAGAAACACAAAACUUUGCUGCCUCAACUACCAACAAUUCCAGUUCACCAGCUUGCUCAAUCUUUGAGAACCACAGCCAUCCAGUGUGAUGAACUGUGCUGCCGAGGCUCAUUAUCCAACAGAACCACUGCAGAAGGACUGAGUGGAGAGAUGAACACUGAUGGUCAUAAACUGCCUCUCUCUUACUCUUUCACUGGAUGGGGAGUUGUUGGAAACAUGGGCAUUAGCCGUGCUUGAGAAAGUAGUGGUGUGAUGGAUUCAUAACCCACUGCAGACUGUGUGGAGACUGCAGCCUCUGUGGUGAAGAUACUUCUCCGUGCUAUCAGGCAGGGAGUUACAGGACUUUUUCUUGGCAACAAUAAAGGGAUGGCAAUUUAUUUCCAAAGCAGCAUGGUAUGUGAAUAGUGGGCAUUGCUACCCUGUCCUUCCAAAGAUUGAGUGCUUAAAAUGUGCUGUUACGGAAAUCUUGGCAAGUAACUGUGAUGUGUUUUGUAAGUGACACACAUUGUAGCCACAGUGUACCAAUGGUGAAAUUUUAAGGUGGUGGAUAGAAUCCAACCAAGUAGGCUGCUUUGUUCCUGGUCGGUGUCGAGCUUCUUGAUCAUCAGUUCAAAACCUUUUAAUUGUAAGUGAAUGCAGUAAACACAUUAGCUAAGCCUACAAUAGUUAAUGCCACUGAAUCAGAAGAAGAUUAUUCAAAAAGCUGUAAAGGGGAUAGAUAUAAUACAGGAAUUGUUAGAUGAACAAAAGUCAAAGUCUUUCAAUUUCUCCACUUGCUGAUUGGCAGUUACAAGAUAUAUUGUUAGCAAUCCCUCAUUUGCUAUUCAGUCCAUAACAGACCCACACAAAACCUCAGGAAACCCCGGUGGAGAGAACCUUUGGGAACCUGCAGUCUAAAGCCAUCUGUUCCUCUUAAGCCAGCUACACGAACCAUAAGGUAUUAUUCAAAUUACUCAGCUACUGGACAUUGAAAUAUCAUCAGCAAACCCAAUGCUGCAAUAUUAUAUCAUUUGUACUUUUUGUUACAAUGUAUGUUAAAUCAAGAGUGGAAAUGAAACAGGGAUGUCCAAUUAUGAAGCAGAUAUGACAUAUGUAACCCAAUCGACUCAGGAAGGCCACUCCACAUGCAAUUAUUUGGCUCAUGAUUGUUAUUGAAUUACUUUGAAUAGAAUGUUGUAAGACAAUUUUGAUAUAUGUAUGACAGCUUUUCUGAAAGUGCUCUUGUAAACGAUGAAAAAUAACAGCAUUGGACUGAACAGCAAGACCAGCUUUAUGUUUAUGCAUAUUCUCUAGGUUAUUUUUACUCUCUGACUAAUUGCUGCCUAUGAUAAAAGGUCUUUUAAAUUUUUUCCUCUAGCAUAUUCACCUAUCUUGAAUUAAAUAAA